AUGCCGCCGGUUGUGCGCCAGAGCCCCCUUCUGUCCGAGCCCUGCCUGAUGCUGGCAGUCUACACGCUGGUCAGCGGGGCCGGCGUGUACUCGCAGCUGACCGCCAGCAAGGAGGGCCAGGAGGCGGCGGGAGAGGCAGCCAAGAUGCUGCACCUGGCGACGAGCGGCUAUGAUGUAGACACAGCGUCAGCCAAGCGGCUGGCCUUUGCGACGCUGGAGAUGGUGCUGCAGACGCAGCUGGGCGUCUUCUUUGCGGCAAACCUGGCGGCGGGAGUCUACGCCGGCUUCACCCUGGUCACCAAGACCCUGUUUCUGGGACAGCUGACCGCGUCCGAGACCUCGCAGCUGGCCGAGGCACGCGGCAGGGGGUGGGAGAGGUUCCUCAAGUUUGCCAUGCUCAAGGUGGCGUUCCUGGCGGUGGUGCGCAGCCCUGGGUAUGGGGGCGUGAUGCAGGCAAGUUGGCUGGCCUGGUGCGCCGUCAUCUGCUGGUUCUCAAUGUUCACCAAGCUGGCCAGCCUGCGCGGUGACGCCCUCCUGUCCUCGCCGUCCGCCACCCUGGCGCAGCACCUUCGCAUCCUGUUGCUGCUGGGCGGCAUCCUGGCGCAAGACCUCAGCUGGGUGGCUGGCUUCCUGCGCACCGCACGAGGCAUGCAGGGGGGCUCGCUAAGCCAUGCGCUGCUGUGGCUGUUUGAUGCCACGUUUGUGGCGGUGGAUGCGGCAUAUGCUCUGCUGAAGUAUGCGGUGCAAGCCUGGGACCACUGCAAGGUGAUGCGGGCGGAGGUGCGCGGCGAGGAGCGGGAGCCGUGGGAGGGCCGCACCGAGCUGGUGUACUGGCUGAACCUUGCGGCCGACCUCACGCUGCUCGGGCUGAGCCUCUUCCACUACCUGCACCUCUGGUGGCUGCACGGUUUGCAGCUGCAGCUGAUAGACGGGGUGCUGUUCCUGGAUGUGAGGCUGCUGGUGGGCGUCAUUCGGUGCCGCGUGCGCCGCCACCUGAGCUACCGCCGCCUGCAGCACCAGCUGCGGCACAGCUUUGCGGAUGCCACGGUACUGCAGCUGGCAGAGCACCGCUGCUGCAUCUGUUUGGACUCAAUGAAGGCGGGCAAGCUGCUGCCAUGCGGCCACGUCAUGCACGUGUCCUGCCUGUGCGCCUGGCUCCAGCAGAAUGCCACCGGCUCGAUUGACGGCUUGCUGGAUUGA